CAGUUGUUCUUGUUCUUCCGGGUUUUGCUCAAUUUUAGGGUUUUUUUUCCCCCCCCCUUUUGUUUUGUUUCAUUUCUAAGAAGAACAAGAUGACACAGACGAACAGAAAUAGCAAUAGAGGAAGCGGCACUGAUUUCCAUAUACCCGACGAAAUCUUAUCUGUGAUACCAGCGGAUCCAUAUGAUCAACUCGAUUUGGCGCGGAAGAUUACUUCCAUGGCGAUUGCGUCUCGUGUGUCGAAGCUUGAGUCGGAAUCUGGUCGGUUAACGCAGAAGAUUUUGGAGAAGGAUCGGUUGAUUGGCGAGCUUGAAGAGAAGGUUUUAAGGCUCGAAGAGUCGUGUCGGGAGACUGAUGAGCGGUUAAAGGUCGCUUUGGAGGAGAAUGCCACGCUAUCGGAGGAGAGAGAUUCUCUGGCUAUGACUUCGAAGAAACUAAACCGGGAUUUGUCCAAGCUGGAGACAUUCAAGCGGCAACUGAUGCAGUCACUCAGUGAUGAUAAUUCAUCUCAAGCUGAAACUGUUGAUAUUGGAACCUGUGACCAGUCAGUUACUAAAAGCUAUUCGUGUAAUGAUGAUGGAGCAAAUAAAUACAUGCCACCACGUGUUGUUAGUAGCUCUACAGAAACGAGGAACCUGAAUGAAGAUGCCACCAGACAUGUUGGGCACAAAUACUCAAUGACUCCAUACCUCACCCCACGCCUUACUCCUUCUGCAACACCAAAAGUGAUUUCCUCAGGUUGCUCUCCCCAGGUGUACUCUGCUGCUGGAUCUCCAAAGAAGGCAUCCGGUAGCACAUCACCAACGAAAACUCACUUUGAAGGACGAGGAACAUUUUCGUCAUGGUAUCCAUCAAGCCAACAGUCCUCUGCAGCAAACUCUCCUCCCCGUGGACGCCCAUUACCAGCACGAACUCCACGAAUUGAUGGCAAGGAGUUCUUCCGGCAAGCCAGGAGUCGUCUCUCAUAUGAACAGUUCAGUGCUUUUCUAGCCAACAUCAAGGAGCUUAAUGCUCAAAGACAAUCACGGGAGGAAACCUUAACGAAGGCAGAAGAGAUAUUUGGAACAGAUAACAAAGAUCUUUACUUGUCUUUUCAAGGGUUACUAAACCGCAACACACAUCAGAACUAACAUACAUUUCUCGGAGAGGGUUCAUGGAUCAUAAUAUUAGGUCAUUGCAAUGUUAUUGUUGCUCACUUCUCGUGGCAUUUGAUUUGUCAAAAUACGAUGUCACAAGCAGCUUUUGUGUUGACAGAUAUUUCGAGUUUUGAGGUUCACUGACAUUCUGUUGGCAAGCUUGAAUUGGAACAGUUAAAACUCUGAUUGAAUUGUAAUUGAUUGAGGUGCAAAGCAUUAGCAUGAGAUAUGGAGGUAUGCUUUGCUGUAAAUAACUGUUCCUGGUUUCUCAUGGCAUAUCUGUCCAUUCGAUUUCGGUGUACAAUGUAAAAAAUUGUAGUAGUUAAUGAUGUGUAAGCUUUCCUUCAUAUGGCACACCUAAGAGAUUGAAUUUUGCCAAA